AUGCAUUCACCAAGACUUGAAGUUAUAGCGGACCACAACCUUCCAUCAGGAGGAGUUUGGCGAACAAUCGUAGACACAUUGAAGCUAGAGGGUGUAUUUGGUCUUUACAAAGGCUGUCUCAUGGCUAAUGUGCGACAAGUCCCAGCUGCUGUUGUGACGUUCGUCACCUAUGAAAACGUUCGCAAUUAUGUGAAGAACACUUCUUAG